CUUUUCACACAAACAAACAAUUUUCUAGGGCGAUUUCUUCUGUGUUCUUACAAAUUGCAGGAAGCAAUCGAAUGAACUCGAGUGAAAAUGGAAGGGAAGGUGAUUCUUAUGCUCUUGCUCUUCGUUUCAAUCAUCUCCACUUUCAGAGCUGAUUAUGUUCGUCCUCAACCACGCGAAACUCUGCAUUUUCCAUGGAGUUUUAAAUCAUCUUCUCAGCCACAGCAGGUGCAUAUCUCCCUAGCAGGAGACGAGCAUAUGAGAGUCACAUGGAUUACUAACGAUCACUCUGCUCCCUCUUAUGUUGAAUAUGGCACAUCACCUGGAGAAUAUACUUCUGUUUCUCAUGGAGAGAGCACCUCAUAUAGUUAUAUUUUGUAUAAGUCUGGGAAGAUACAUCAUACAGUAAUCGGGCCUCUAAAGGCUGGGACGGUUUAUUAUUACCGAUGUGGAGGGGAAGGUUCUGAGUUCCAGCUGAAGACACCUCCUUCCCAGUUGCCAAUUACUUUCUCAGUGGCUGGGGACCUGGGUCAAAGUGGAUGGACUAAAUCAACAUUAGAGCACAUUGAUCUGUGCAAAUAUGAUGUUCAUCUGCUUCCAGGCGACCUAUCCUACGCCGAUUACUUGCAGCAUCGGUGGGACACAUUUGGUGAGCUUGUGGAGCCGCUUGCAAGUGCGAGGCCAUGGAUGGUAACUGAAGGGAACCAUGAAAAGGAGGACAUAUUUCUAUUCAAGGCUCCAUUUGACUCCUAUAAUGCAAGAUGGAAGAUGCCAUUUGAGGAGAGUGGAUCAAGUUCAAAUCUCUAUUAUUCUUUUGAAGUUGCCGGAACUCAUGUGAUUAUGCUUGGAUCGUAUACUGAUUAUGAUGAAUCCUCAUAUCAAUAUGCAUGGUUGAAGGCUGAUCUUGCAAAGGUGGACAGGGAAAGAACACCCUGGCUAGUAGUGUUAUUCCAUGUGCCAUGGUACAAUAGUAAUAAAGCUCAUCAAGGUGAAGGUGCAGGUAUGAUGGCUGCCAUAGAGCCGUUGUUAUAUGCAGCUGGGGCAGACAUAGUCAUUGCUGGCCAUGUCCAUGCUUAUGAACGCUCGAAACGUGUGAAUGCUGGAAAAUCUGAUCCUUGUGGUGCUGUGCAUAUAACUAUUGGCGACGGAGGAAACCGAGAAGGUUUAGCUCACAAGUACAACUCACAGCCUGAAUGGUCAAUUUUUCGGGAAGCUAGUUUCGGUCACGGGGAACUCAAGAUAGUGAACUCAACUCAUGCGUUUUGGAGUUGGCAUAGAAAUGAUGAUGAUGAACCAGUAAAGUCUGAUCAAGCAUGGAUAACCUCAUUGAUAGGUUCUGGUUGUGUUGCUGAGAAGAACCAUCAACUGAAGAAUUUCAGGUGAAACCUAAUGUAAAUAGUUGAUAUGAACAUAUAAUUCAUCUUACAUCAGUUUCUAGUUCCACCAUUCUCAUUUAUCUGCAUCUACUACAUCUGUAAUUUGACUAGAACUCGUUAUAUGUAAGGUAUAUAAAUUGAUUGUAGCAAAUCAAUUGUCGUUAUCGCUCUCUCUA